GACUAGAUAUUGGUUAACCAUUUGGAUUUAGCAGGAUAUUAAGUAAUUUUUUAAGUAUAAACCAGCUUCUAUCACUAUUCUUAAUGGACUAUUCUUGGAGUUUAUCCUUGAUGAUUCUUAAACAGCCAAUAAAAAGGAAAAAAGAAGGCGAAGAGAAAAAAAUGAGUCAAGAAGAGAUGCUCCUGGAGGCAGCACAGACAGAGAUAAUGAAUCUAAGGAAUUUGGAAAAGGUUUUAGCAAGGGAAGAAGAAGUGAAGAAAAGAGCCAUUGUUCAUAAAGCAGUCUAUAGUGGCCCUCAGAUAAGAUAUCUUUCAAAAGAUGGGUGUUCAUACCUAGAAUUUAACAAUGGGGCAUCAUUUGAGUCGGAGAUAUCAACCAUAUCUCUUCCAUACCCAGAGAAGGCAGUGUGUGCAGUGACUGGGCUUCCUGCAAAGUAUCGCGACCCAAAGACUGGCCUCUCUUAUGCAACUAAAGAGGCAUUCAAGAUCAUCCGUGAACGGCAUUCGAUGGAUAAAGCCAACAGUAUUGUAGGGAAACAAGGCGCCGAUCUGCUACUGUCCAAUGCUUUAUCUGGACCAGGAUUUUCUGAAAAACGGAAGAGAUCAUCGAAGGCCCCACAGUCUAGAGAAAUAUCCCGUUCUCGAAUUCUUGCAAGGUUUCGUAGGAUGCCCGCAAUUGACAUCGAGGACUCGGAUUAGCUAAAGAUUACUUGUUUUAUUCCGGGUAUGCUCAUCAUGCUUUCCCCAACUUUGGGAUCUGGUAGGUCAGUAUUUUCUUGAAAAUGAUGAAAGGGCAAAUCUAUGUUUACAUGGAUAAGUAUAUUCCGAUACGAGUGUGAUCGCAAUCAGUGUUCUAAAAAGCAGUAGGUGGCAGAACAUGUAUUGACAGUCCGACAGAGGCAAGAUUGAGUUAUCGGGGACACUGCUGCAUUCGCCUCGGGGGAGGGGGGGGGGGCAAGUGCCCUACUGUCCCCCCUGCCUCCAUCAUGAUAUAUUAGUAGAUAUUUAUUGAUGCCCCUUUUCAUGAUCAUCUAGACUAGCUUCCCUGUGUAAUCUUCUACUCUAGUCCAAAAUACAAAAGUUUUGCACUAUACUGUAGCAGAAAGUGGACUCCCAUGGAUCAUUUAAAAAGUAGAGGAUCAGUUACUUUUUCUUUCACAUCCUCUAUAAAUACAUGAUUUCUAUUCCG